AUGGCCUGCACUAUGGAACCACUGGCAAAGAAAAUCUUUAAAAGCAUUUUAGUAGCUAAACUUAUGGGCAUUUUGAGAGCAUAUUUUUGUAUUAAUGAGAUGAACAUAAACCAAGAUUUCAGGCAAACAAUGAGCAAGAAAUUCCCUUUCAUCUUAGAAGUUUAUUACAAAUCCAACAAACCAUCUGGAAUGUAUGGAAUCAGAGAAUGA